UCUCCUCCAUUAUAUCUCUCUCGCUUUCGUUCUUCUUUUAUAAUAAACCCUUUUUUUUUGGAGUUCAUUUUUGUCGCCCUCUAAAUUUCUGUUUUCUUUCGGAUUUCUUCGGUUUCAAAAUGUUCGACAUGUUCUUGAAGCCGAAGUACUACACGAAAUGCAAAUCUUGCUUAAAGCUGUUGAAGUCGCGGCUGGAUGCAAUUAGGAAGAAGAAGAAUGCGGUUCUUAAGUAUUUGAAGAGCGACAUUGUUGAACUUCUCAAGAGUCGUCUCGAUUACAAUGCUUACAACAGGGCUGAAGGGUUUCUUGUUGAGCGAAAUGUGUUGAGAUGUUAUGAGCUAAUUGAUGAGUUUUGUGGGACUAUCUCCAAUCAACUGUCUGUCUUGAUCAAACAGAGCGAAUGCCCUGAUGAAUGCAACGAAGCAGUCGCGUCGUUGAUCUACGCUGCAGCGAGAUUCGCGGACUUGCCUGAAUUACGAGAGCUUCGAAACUUCUUUACUGGGAAAUAUGGAUGUUCCUUCGAACCAUUUACCAGCAUAGAGCUUAUCGAGAAGUCGAGGGCGACGAUUCAAUCGAAAGAGAUAAAGCUUCAACUACUUCAGGAGAUUGCUCAGGAAUCCGCCAUUGAUUGGAACUCCAAAGCUCUUGAACAACAAUUGUAUAUUCCUCCCCCAAAUGAACCUGAUGUUGUUCCUGUGCACGGAAGGAAGAAGAGCUCGGUCGGAAAAAGGGACAGCAGCGACGACGAAUCCAUGUUCGAUAUUAGAAGUGAAGGCAACACGACCGAGACCUCGACCGUAGAUAGUAGUACUGAUCAAGAUGUCCGAAAAGGAGGUUCCGAGGAUGAAGUAGAGGAUCAGACACCGUUCUACCUUAGAGUUAUCCGACCUCCUUACCUUAAAACGAAACCAACCAACAAGGAAACAAUGGAAGAAGCUCGAAAAGCUACCAACCAAGUAGAAAACGAUGAACGUAAUAAGCAGCAACCCGAGCCAACCUUAGAAGAGAAACCGAAACCGAAAUCAGUCAGGCGAAGAAAUGUGAAACUACAGCCUACAAUGGAGAUCAAGAUCGACAAUGUCGGGAAUUCGGGAAACGAUAUGAGUUCGAGUCGAAACAAAGGUAAAGAAGCCAUGAAAGGAGAAGGGGAUGAUGAUGAGGAGGAGGAGAAGAUGUUAGAUGGGCUGUUGAUGCAUUACAGUAAGAAAAAACCAAGCCAUGAAUCAAACGAGGUCAGGGCAGUGUCACUGUCCAUAGACUCAACUGAGCCAACUGAGUUAACUGAGCUAGAGAACAAGCAUCAUAUUAGAACCAAUUCGUUCGUUCAUCCUAAGCUCCCGGACUACGACGAACUCGCAGCUCGGUUUGCAGCCCUCAAGGAAGAUAAAUAAAAGGUGUCGGUAUCAGACGCUCGAGAAAAUUAUCGAUCGAACAUGGUUGGCAUGACAUUAACAAGGAGACUCCAUCCUAAAGGAAGAUUCUUUGCUUCGAAACUAAACCAACAGGACACUUGCAAUUCUCUAAUCAUUUCUUACAACCUACCUGUACUUUAUAACUUNA